AUGCCGCCGGUAACCACAUCCGCAAACAUCACCUUCCAUCCAUGCUUUUUAAGAUUUGAUGCCGCCGGUGUAAGCUUUUCUGGGAAGAUGGUUGCUCUUAUUGCAACAUAUGUUCUUAGCAGAGUUGUGCACCACCUUUUAAAGCCUGUCUCCCAACCUUACAUGACUUCUGAUCUUGUCAUAGGGCUGAUUCUUGCAAGCUUACCACACGCACGUGAUUCUUUCACGAGUCUAUUCAGCAUUACUUUGGAAAACAUUGUUGACUUCGGCAUGAUUUCAUAUGCCUUCGUUUUGGGUCUAGAAAUGGACCCUUAUGUGAUCUUUAAGUCCCCGACUCGACAUGCGAUGGUGGCCUAUGCCGGAACGGUGUCCACGUUUGUUGCAGCGUGCGCUAUAACUCCAUGGCUGCAUUAUUUGAGAAAUUCAAGCAUUAUAACCUUCACCUUGUCCCUGUCCAUCAGUCUCUCCGGUAGUGGCUCUCACAUACUUACCCGCCUCAUGACCUAUCUCAAAGUAGGCAAGUCGGAUAUAGGGAAGCUUAGCAUUGGUGCAGGGGUGCACUCUGAUAUGAUAACCAUGUUUUCGGUGGUCCUGUCAUUUGUCUUUUUUCCAUUGCAAGAGACUGAGAAUUUUAGAGAAGGAAUUAAGACCUCAGUCCUAAUCGGGGCUGCACUUAUGCUUCAAACACUGUUGGCAGCAAAGAUUUCACCGGUUUUCAUGAAUUGGAUCAACCAGUCAAACCCUGAAGGAAAGCCCCUCAAGGGCUCCCACCUUGUCCUAUCAAUGGCCUUCAUGACUGUUAUAUGCUCCUUGGCACCAUGGAUGGGUUACAACUCGUGUUUGAGUGCGUUUAUGGGAGGGCUCUUUUUACCAUCGGAGGGGCGAAUAUCAAAAUGGACGAUUAGUAGAAUCAACAACUUGUUAAGCACACUUUUUUACCCACUUUUCUUCUUCUGGGUGGGGCUGAGGGUUGAUAUCUCAAGUUUUGCAGUAGGCAAUAUUGGAACAUGGGUGAGGCUUUUCUGUCUUAUACUGAUCGCAACAAUCGGAAAAGUGGGUGGAACACUCAUCUGUGGCUUAACGUUAGGUUACCAUAGGCCAGAAUUGGUAGCAGUUGGAUUACUUUUGACGGCCAAGGGUCAUUUUCACGUAUACUUCGCUGUUGAUGCACUCAGGCAAGGAAAGAUCGAUGUCACAACAUGUAUCUCGAUGGUGAUUCUGAUAUUCUUAUCUGUGAUACACACACCGUUUGUUGUGAAGCAUAUAAUAGAACGGGCAAGGAAACGCGUACCAGUUCAACGGAUGACUCUCCGGUGGCUUGCUCCUUCAAGCGAACUUAGAAUUUUGCUAUGCCUGCAUGGAACUCAUAAUUUGGAAUCUGGCAUCAGCUUAAUGGAGAUCUCUCGAGGCAAACCUGCGCCUGGACUUUUUGUUCAUGUCACUGACAUGAUUGAGCUGACGGAAAAGAUAGCUUCAACGCUGGUACCUGGUGAAGGAGUAGACAAUAUGACAAUAACCGAUAACUCAGUCACAGAAAUGAGAGACGAAAUCACCCGUGCUUUUCAAACUCACACAAAUGAAAAUGUGGAUGGUGGAAUCAUGCUUAGCCGAAUGCUAGUACUUUCCACAUUCAAUAGCAUGCCACACGAUAUUAGUGUUUUAGCAGAAGACUUGAUGGUUUCCCUUAUUUUGUUGCCCUUCCAUAAGAGAGUGAAAGCAGACGGUACCCUGGAUGAAGGUCAUCCUGGUUUCAGACAUGUGAAUCGUAAGCUGCUUAGAAACGCCCCAUGUUCUAUUGGAAUCUUGGUGGACAGAGGGUUUGGAUUUACUGAAAGAUUGUCAACAUCAUCUGUAUCGAAAGUGGCCGUCAUUUUUAUCGGAGGCAAAGAUGAUCAAGAAGCUCUAGCCUACGCUGGUCGUGUAGUGUGGCAUCCUGGAGUAGAGCUAACAGUAAUAAGAUUCCUAGUAGACAAAAAUUCAGAACAUGCACCGCGGAGAGUGAAUAACAGAGCAAGUGUGGCAGAGCAAGAAGAAGAGAUGAAACUUGAUGACGAGUGCUUCGCUGAAUUCUAUGAGAAAUAUGUAGCAGGGGGGAAUGUGGCUUAUAUGGAGAAGCAUCUUGCAAAUUCAUCUGAGACCUACACUAAUCUUAUGUCAAUAGAAGGACAAUAUUCUCUUAUCAUUGUAGGGCGGGCUGGAAGAGUAAAUACAGUAUUGACGCAGGGACUUAAUGAUUGGCAACAAUGUCCAGAAUUGGGUCCUGUUGGGGACGUACUUUCAGGGUCUAAUUCCGCAUCUGGUACCUCCAUUUUGAUUAUCCAACUGCACAAUAUUAAAGGGCAACUGGAUGGCCUUAGUGAUGAGUUCUCCAUUAUGUAAACACCAAUCCUAGCAAGGUAGGUUUAAAACUUGGGAUAUCAAAAUCCAAACCAGAUAAAUGUAGCAUGUAGGAUGAUAUAUAUAUAUACACAUGCAUAUACGUAUGCUAAUAUAUGUAUAUAUGUAGCUUGUAGAAAUGCUACUUACUUCAAAGGACAUUCCAGAACCCAGCUUUACAAACUCUUAUCAUUCCAAAA